CCGUGUUGCAUCACUCGACAGGCUCUGCAUGUGACCAGUGUGCGACAGUUGCGCCUCUAGGUGGUACGCACGGAGACGGCGUCAGGCCCGCACGCAGGUGAGAGACGGAACACCAUGACUUCACUACCGUACCCGCACCGGUUCGAAGACGUCGACGACGAAACCAACGCCCGCGUGAAGCGGCUGGUGCCCGGACUGCAGGAUGGCGCGAUGACGGUCGGAGAGGAUCGCUACUUCUACCCCAAGCUGCCGGAGAAGCCGUUCCAUAGCAUGUACAACUACCCCGUGGACCCGCGAGACAUCUGGGUGGUGACCAUGCCCAAGUGCGGCACUACGUGGACGCAGGAGAUGGUCUGGCUCAUCGCCAACGACUGCGACUUCAAGGGCGCCCAGUGCAACCUGAUGCCGGACCGUUGGAAUUUCUUGGAGAUGUCGUACCGCGUUCUGGGAUCGGACAACCGGGCGAAGAGUAUGCUCUGGGAGGGACUGAAAGCCAAUCCUUUGAAGGCCUUUCGUCUUCUGUGGCUAGGAAUGAUGAUGGCGUGGCCACGCUCGUAUGCGCCUCCCCGGUUCAUCAAGAGCCACAUGCCGUUCUCGAUGCUGCCCCCGAAGCUCCUAGACACGUGUAAGGUGGUGUACGUGGCGCGGAACCCCAAGGAUGCGCUUGUGUCGUACUAUCAUCAUCACAAACUCAUUAAGAUGCUAGACUUCGAAGGGUCGUUUGCGGAGUUCUUUGACCUAUUCUUGGAAGACAAGGUCAUACAGGCGCCCUUCAUGCCGCACGUAAGAGAGGCCUGGAAGAAGAGGGGGCAUCCCAACCUUCUCUUCAUCUUCUUUGAGGAGAUGAAGGUCGACCUGAAAGGUGUCAUUAGGCGAGUGAGUGACUUCCUGGGGAAAAAACUGUCGGCGGACCAGAUGGAGAUGCUGUGCGAGCACUUGAAGUUUGACAAUUUCAAGAAAAAUCCUUACGUUAACUUCGAUAUGUUCAAGGAAGUUGGAAUGCUGUCAGAACAGGAGAGCUUCGUCCGGAAAGGUAAGACGGGCGACUGGAAGAACUACUUCACGCCGGAGAUGAACGCGCGGAUGGACGUCUGGAUCCAGGAACGCCUGCAGGGCACUGACCUCAGCUUCCAGACGGAGCUGAAGCAUCAGGACUGAGUUGGCGUGCCGGCGAGCCCGCUCUGACCAGCGCAGGUUUCAGCAGCGGGGCGGCCGGACCCAGGCAGGAAUAGCCGCAGCUGGCGGAGCGUUAGUCAUGUGAUGUGACGAAGGCGCGUCUUUAAUGUCGCCGGCCGGUGUGUCGUGAGCGAAGAGCUGUUUGAAAAUGUGCAGAGGCAGUAGUGUCAUGUAGUACCCCUGGCAGCAUGUACCCACGUCGUGCGCAUGUAACAGAUAGCAACCGUAGCUCUACAUGCGUGCUUUAGCAGCAGGCAACAUGAUCCUGUCUAAGCGCUUCGCUUUCAUACGCGCGGUGUGCAGGGUGAUCACAAUGUUAUGCGUGAAAAAUAAACUUGUU